AGGAAGGACACAGGGGCCAUUAUUUGAAUUCUCUCUCUCUCUCUCAACUCUGACAGCUCUACCCCGUCCCAAGUGUCUGUUUCUUCUCUCCCAAAUUACUCACCCAAGGGCCAACUACUCAGAGAAGAGAGAGAGAGAGUAGAAGGAAGCACAUCCUUCUCUUGAUUCAAUCUGCAUUCUUUAACUUAGCUUCGUUCGAUCAGAGUCAAGUUUUCGAUGUCAGGAUACUUUGGCGUUCUUGUUUCAGAUCCAUGGCUGCAGAAUCAGUUCACUCAAGUCGAGCUCCGCAGCCUAAAGACCCACUUCAUGAGCAUGAAGCGGGAGGGCGGAGGGAGGCUGACGGUCGGGGAGUUGGCGUCCAAGAUGUCUCGCUUGAAAGUAGUGGGAGAGAAUCUAACUGAGGAAGAGAGAGCUUCUUUUAUCCAAGAUUUGUAUCGCAAUGUGGACGAAGACGUGGAUUUCGAGUCCUUUCUCAGGGUGUAUUUGACACUACAAGCCCCUGCAAGUGCUAGAACCGGAAGUAAUGCUAAGAACUCAUCCGCGUUCCUCAAGGCUGCCACCACCACAUUGCUUCACACUAUUAGCGAAUCCGAGAAGGCCUCCUAUGUUAAACAUAUUAAUAAUUACCUUGAACAAGAUGAUUUUCUAAAGCGAUACCUUCCCAUCGAUACUUCAACUAACGAUCUCUUCGAGAUUGCAAAAGAUGGAGUUCUCCUCUGUAAGCUAAUCAAUCUGGCAGUCCCUGGAACCAUUGAUGAACGAGCCAUUAACACCAAGAGAGUUCUCAAUCCAUGGGAAAGGAAUGAAAAUCAUACGCUCUGUCUCAACUCUGCCAAGGCUAUUGGAUGUACCGUAGUCAAUAUAGGCACUCAGGACUUUAUUGAAGGAAGGCGGCAUCUUAUGCUUGGAUUGAUUUCUCAGAUCAUUAAGAUACAAUUAUUAGCGGAUCUCAACUUGAAGAAGACACCACAAUUGGUGGAGUUGGUAGAAGAUAGUAAGGAGGUGGAAGAGUUGAUGAGUCUAUCACCAGAGAAGAUCUUACUAAGAUGGAUGAAUUUUCAACUCAAGAAAGCUGGAUAUAAGAAGAUAGUCACAAACUUCUCCUCUGAUGUAAAGGAUGGAGAAGCUUAUGCUCAUCUCCUCAACGUUCUUGCGCCAGAGCAUAGUAAUCCAUCAGCAUUGUCUGCAAAGGACCCUUUGGAAAGAGCGAAGUUAGUUCUGGAACACGCAGACAGGAUGGGCUGCAAGAGAUACUUAACUGCAAAAGAUAUAGUGGAAGGUUCCCCAAAUCUGAACCUUGCUUUUGUUGCACAUAUUUUCCAGCAUAGGAAUGGGCUUUCAACCAAAACAAAACAGAUAUCUUUCCUUGAAACUUUGCCAGACGACACCCAAGUAACUAGAGAAGAGAGAGCAUUUCGCCUUUGGAUGAAUAGUCUUGGAAACUCAACAUAUAUCAACAAUGUUUUUGAAGAUCUUAGAGACGGGUGGUUACUCCUAGAGACCCUUGAGAAGGUGUCUCCAGGGAUUGUCAAUUGGAAAAUUGCAAAUAAGCCUCCAAUUAAGAUGCCGUUUAGAAAAGUAGAGAACUGUAACCAAGUGGUGAAAAUUGGCAAACAACUGAAGUUUUCCUUGGUUAAUAUCGCUGGAAAUGAUAUUGUGCAGGGAAGUAAAAAAUUGAUUUUAGCUUAUUUGUGGCAAUUGAUGCGAUACAGCAUCCUCCAACUUCUAAAAAACCUGAGAUUUCACUCCCACGGGAAGGAAAUCACAGAUGCUGAUAUUUUAGAAUGGGCCAAUACCAAAGUGAGCAACUCGAGGAGCCAAAGUCGCAUGGACAGUUUUAAGGACAAAAGCUUGUCAAAUGGCCUUUUCUUCCUUGAGCUACUUAGCUCUGUGCAACCUAGAGCCGUAAACUGGAGUCUUGUUACUAAAGGGGUAACAGAUGAGGAGAAAAAGAUGAAUGCCACCUACAUCAUUAGCAUUGCGAGGAAGCUUGGCUGUUCAAUAUUUUUGUUGCCUGAAGACAUAACCGAGGUAAAUCAAAAGAUGAUCCUCACAUUAACUGCAAGUAUUAUGUAUUGGUUCUUGAAACAACCACUCGAAGAUAGGCCAUCUGGAAUUUCAGAUAGCGAGAGUGGAAGCCAAUCAGAGACAAUCUCAAACUCUACAAUAGAUGACUCUGCUUCUGAGUCAUCAAUAGAGGAGAAUGGUACCAUGUAAAUAUAUAUAUGUGAUGACUGAAACAACCUUUUGCUGAAGUUUUGGGUUACGCCAA